AUGACUACUGCAACUACAACACCGGUGAUUCAACUGAUCCUAUGCUUCCUGAUUGCCCUCCAACCCAAGCUCACUCAAGACCAAGACGAUCCAGACAAGAUGCGUGGCUAUUACCGGAUCUUUGUCGAAGCUGGGGAAUGGUACACCCCAUUGAUCCUCCGCCAUCCAGAAACCUUCUUGCCGACCGUUCCUGCUAUUCGCUCCUGCUGUGAUUACGAGGAUCUCGAGGUGUUUGGAAUCACUCAACUUUUGACAUCUACUCCAGUCUGGCACAAACUAUCAUCCGCCAUCUCCACUAUCCCGACGAUCCCAGCUCUCAAGUCGGCCAGGAAGCCGAUGAUUUCCAGUAAUCGUGUAUUCCCUCUCCUCAACGAGAACAAUGCUUCCACGAUCUCUGAUGUGAUCGAUGAUUACAUACAUCUUUUAUCAAGCUUGAUGGACUACCAGGACCAGAUCCUGAUCUCUUUGAACUGUUUUCAUCAAUCCUUCCCACUGGUGCUGACAUGUCUCGAGUUCUUCGAUCCCGAGCCAAUAUUCACCAGUCUGAACUACAUCCGAGAGAUCCUUGGGCACUCGAGUCUAGAGCUACAGGCGGCAGCCUCAUCAUCAUCUGGGGCAGGGGGGAAGCCCGGGUCGGCGACGAGCAAUGCUGCUCCUGGCUCGAAUCAGGUGUCUAUUCCGGUCGCUCCGGCGGGCUACAAUCUGCUUGCACAGUCGAUCAAUCAACUUGUCACACAGAACGGAUACUUGACCUCCGACGUCUUGCUCAAGAGAACCCUCACUGACUUCCCCGAAGACUGCCUCUCCACCGUCAUCAUCCUCUUCAGGCUUUUGGCCGACUUUUAUCCCACCCAAUUGGCGUCUUGGGUCCCCUCAGUCAUCGAACGUUUGCCCCCCAAGGUCGCCACUAUCCCUGAUAAGGAGAAAUUCCUCCUCGCUUUUAAACAGCAAGCCUUGUCUCUCUGCUAA